GGAGCCGCCGAGGGCGGCAGCAGCAGCAGCAGGAGAGAGGAAGAUGGCGAACGUGGAGCUGGAGUUCCAGGCCAGCGCCGGCCAGGAGGACCCCCAGAGCCGCCCUCUCCUGGUCCUGGGCCGGGUGCAGAAUUUGCACCGGGUGCCCUGGGCCCAGCUCCGCAGCAAGAUGGAGCCCAGGGUCACCGAGGAGGUCUGGCAAGCUGCAUUAAGCGCUCUGAACCCCAAUCCAACUGACAGCUGCCCUCUCUAUCUGAAUUAUGCCACUGUUGCAGCUUUACCUUCCCGCGUCACCAGACACAACAGCCCAUCGGCUGCUCAGUUUCUCACCCGUCUCAUCCGAAACUGUCUCCCAGGCGGGACCAACAGGUGUAUCCUUAUGGUCUGUGAGCGCUCAGAGGUUUUUGCCUCAGCCUGUGCCAUUGCCAGGGCUUUCCCGCUGUUCACACGGCGUUCUAGUGCAUCUAGACGCACAGAGAAGAAAACUGUAGUGGUGGAAUUUUUCCUGGUUGGUCAGAACAAUGGGCCAGUAGAGUUGGAAACGCUUAAAUGCCUGGAAAACGCUACAGAAGGAGUAAGGUUGGCUGCUAGGAUUGUAGAUACUCCAUGCAAUGAAAUGAACACUGACAGCUUCCUGGAGGAAAUUAAAAAAGUUGGCAAGGACUUAGGGAUCACUCCAACCAUUUUCCGAAAUGCGGAGCUGAAGGAGAAGGGAUUUGGAGGUAUCUAUGGUGUUGGCAAAGCAGCUGUGCACCCGCCUGCUCUAGCUGUACUCAGUCAUACCCCUGAAGGUGCCACACAGACCAUUGCCUGGGUUGGGAAAGGCAUUGUCUAUGACACUGGAGGACUCAGCAUCAAAGGAAAGACAACAAUGCCUGGGAUGAAACGAGAUUGUGGAGGAGCUGCUGCUAUUUUGGGCGCCUUCAAAGCCACCAUAAAGCAAGGCUUUAAAGACAAUCUUCAUGCUGUUUUUUGUUUGGCUGAGAAUUCUGUUGGACCAAACGCAACAAGACCUGAUGAUAUUCAUGUUCUUUACUCGGGAAAAACGGUGGAAAUCAACAACACUGAUGCUGAAGGCCGGCUGGUCCUUGCUGAUGGAGUUGCAUAUGCUCGCAAAGAUCUUGGUGCUGACAUCAUUCUUGACAUGGCCACUCUCACUGGUGCUCAGGGAAUUGCCACAGGGAAAUACCACGCAGCCAUCCUCACCAAUAAUGAAGAAUGGGAAAGAGCAUGUGUUAAAGCUGGCAGAAAUUGUGGAGAUCUAGUUCAUCCUCUCGUCUAUUGCCCUGAGCUCCAUUUUACUGAAUUUACCUCAGCUGUAGCUGACAUGAAGAACUCUGUGGCAGAUCGUGAUAAUUCACCAAGCUCUUGUGCUGGACUUUUUAUCGCUUCACAUAUUGGGUUUGACUGGCCUGGUAUCUGGGUCCAUAUAGACAUUGCAGCACCUGUCCAUGCAGGUGAACGAGCCACAGGUUAUGGUGUAGCUUUGCUGCUAUCCCUGUUUGGCCGUGCCUCUGAAGACCCUCUGCUGAACAUGGUCUCUCCCCUGGGCUGCAAUGGAGACUCCCCAGAGGAUGACAUGGGGAGAGAUUCCAAGAGACGGCGCUUGGUUUAGUGCUUGCACCUUUUGGAGAUGGCACGCUGGAGUUACCUCAUUUUGCACUGAUGGGUUUUCAACACCAUGAAAGUACCUUGUGUCAGAAACAGCCAUUUUAAAAAAAAAAAGGCAAAAAAUCUGUUGUCACUGCUUAAUGUUUCUCCAUCUCAUUCUGAUGAAAGGCCCUAUUCUAUUGGUUUUUAAGAACGCUUUGCAUUUAUACCAAACAUACAAUGACUUUGCUGCUUCUGGUCUUUAUUGAGGAGCCAGGAAUGUUUCUCCUCUGUGUCCCUUUCAAAAGAUUUCUGAGCCUAUUAAUACAACAUCUUAACCUCUUGCUGCCUAUAGAGCCUUCUACAUCAGUUUCUUGAGUUUUCCUUCUCCCAGGAUUUUCUUAAUCGCUGCCUUUCAACCUAUAACAGAGGGAACAUUAGGGUGAUCAUACUGCAGCCUGGAGAUUGGGUGCAUACCUUUUACAUGACCUGAUAGUAUUGUGAUGAGGCAGCUUCCAAAGCAGUCCUUUUCUGGUCUGUCCUCCCUCUUUUAACCUGCUAUGUGACACACCAGAAAUCCCAGCAGGUAAGGAACAAGAUAGUUAGGAAUUGCAGCUGCCUUGUCUCAUGUAACAUUGGGGAGAUUAAAUGGCAUGCUUCUGUUUAGGUGGCAAUUUUGGGAUUAAACCACUUGGGGCUCUGCUUUGUUCUGUAGCGUGUUUCGGCAUGGCACUAAGGGAGGCCUUAUUUUCUGUAAAGGAUUUUAACAACUCAAAACUCCCUACAACGCCAUUCUUGCAUGUUAAAAGUUUUGCUCAUAGUUGUUAAUGUGACUUGAAGAGUAAGACUGCAUUUCUGUGAUGCUCUCACGCUCUUCUGUUGAUGAACUUUAUUAAUGUUUAGAAUGAAAGUGUUUAUGGGAGGUAACCACACUAGAAUAAAACCCUUCUCUCAUCUCA